ACUUACCCGAAAUAUUUCGAGUGCUCCGAAGACUUUUCAACGCAAGAAGUCGUACGUCAAAUACGAUCUCCUACACAUCGUAUUAAUUCGUUUUCCUUUGUGGCAACGGGAGAGUCGAUCAUCAUCAAUUUUGCAUCUUGAGCUGCGGAAAAGUAAUCAAUUUGCAGUACAGAAUGAGCAGAUUCGGAUCACUGACGGAUCAGUCCCUGGGACUGAUGAACUGCCGAAGAUCAGGGCCGCCACGUCUGGCGUCUUCGCGAGUAUCCGACGAGGUUUCAUCGUCGGGACCGAUUACGGAAGUGCAGCCGAACCUGAGCGCGACCCGCGAUGCGGGUCGGGAAAAGUACCAGCUCGGAUCUUACGGGUACGGUAAAAAUCACGUAAAGCUCCUCUACGUGCACCGUGAUGGCUCGCAUCACGAAAUCCGCGAGUACGAGGUCGACACGCACCUCAGGCUUUCGACCCUGAAGGACUACCUCGAGGGUGAUAACGAGGACAUCAUAGCCACGGACAGCCAGAAAAACACCGUAUAUCUCCUGGCGAAAAAACACGGCGUUCAGACGCCCGAGGAAUUCGGAAUACUAGUCUGCGCCCACUUCCUCUACACCUAUCGUCACGUCGCCGAGGUCAACGUCAACGUCGAGGAGUAUCCGUGGCAGCGUCACCACGUCGACGGCGAGCCCCAUAACCACGCCUUCGUCUUCACCCCGACAGCCACGAGGUACUGCCAAGUGACCCAGCUCCGCAACGAAUCGCCGAGGAUUCGUGGAGGGCUAAAAAAUCUGCGCGUAUUAAAAACAACCCAGAGCUCGUUCACCGAUUUCAUUCAAGACGAGUACCGAACCUUACCUGAUAUGAAUGACCGCAUAUUCAGCACCGAGGUAACCGCAUCUUGGGAUUUCUCAACGGCAUCCGGUGUGGAUUUUGACAGGGUGUGGAGGACAGUCAAGAACUGCAUUCUCAGCAAUUUUGCCGGACCCCCGGAAUCCGGAAUCUAUUCGCCGAGUGUGCAGAACACCCUGUACCUUACGGAAAAAUGCAUCUUGGACCAAGUUGACCAGAUCUACAGCAUCGAAAUGAGGAUGCCGAACAAGCAUUACUUCACCCUCGACUUGAGCAAGUUCCCGAAGCUGGUCCAGGGCGAGAAUCAAGAGGUUUACUUGCCGGUAGACAAGCCUUCCGGCAUAAUUUAUGCGCAACUUGACAGGAAAGCGGUAGUCUCGAAAUUAUAAUUGUACGUUUAGAUCGAUUGAAAUUCGAAGCUCGUUAUCAAAAUUUUCCAAGAUGCGUUAUACUAGCCUGUAAAAUACAUAAGACUUUAAUAAUUCAAUUUAUAAUCUUCAUUUCCUUGCUGUAACAUCGGAAUGUAAGCAUCAGGUUUCAGAACAGCGUAAUUCGAUUUUUUGCAAGUCUCUCUAUAUUCACCAGUUUCAAACUCAAUUAUGUGAACAAGAAUAUUAUUCAUACUACAGUAUUUGUUAUUUUAACAUUCUUGCGUUGACUUUAUAAUAGUAAUUCUAAGAAUUGUAAGUAGCUAUAUAAAAUUUAAAAAAUGUAAAAAAAAAAAGAAAAAAAAAUUAACACUAAGCUUUUGAAGUAGGUUUAUAACAAUAAAAAAAUAUGAAAAAAGA